AGGUGAGAGGUGUCCGACAUUUAAGAAGUUGUACGAGUCGUACUGUGUCAGUGUGCUAAGAAAGACCACACGAAGACGGUUCAGACAUGGACUUAGCUCGGUUACUGUCGCUGCUGUUUAUAUUCUGCUGGUUUUCUGCCUCCAGUGCGGGUCCAGGAAAAGGACGUGGUUUCUUUGGCCAAAUUGACCCUGAGGAUUCAGAUAAAGUCAUUGUGGAUGAGGAUGUGUCUGCUGCCCUGAGGAGUAAUUUAACCACAGUCUUCAUACCAGUCGUCUACAUCAUUGUAUUUGCUGUGGGAUUGCCUGCCAACUGUAUGGCCAUCUGGGUGUUUCUGUUCAGAACAAAGAAAAAGCACCCUUCAUCCAUCUACAUGGCCAACCUGGCCCUUGCUGACCUCCUUUUUGUUAUCUGGACUCCCCUAAAGAUCGCAUACCACUUCAAUGGCAACAACUGGAUCUAUGGAGAGCCGUUGUGCAAGGUUCUCAUCAGCUUCUUCUACGGGAACAUGUACUGCUCCAUCCUCUUCAUCGCCUGCCUCAGUGUGCAGCGGUACUGGGUCGUGGCCCAUCCUCUGUCCCACCAAAGGAAGAACAACAAGGUGGCUGUUGGUGUCUCUGUGGCCAUAUGGGCUUUCAUCUGGCUCACCACGACGCCUCUGUACCUGUAUAACCACACCGCCAAGCUCAAGGAACCCAACAUCACCACCUGCCACGAUGUCAGCGUGAUCAAAGAUCCUCUCAAUCCCUUUUCCUCCAUCCAGCUCCCAUUCUACUACUUCAUCUUCAUGGGAUUGGUAGUGUUCCUUGUGCCUUGUAUAGCGAUUGUCAUUGCUUACAUCAUGUUACUCAGAGCCCUGGGACACAGCAUGGAGGACAGUACAGCGGCCAAGAACCGCCAGAAAGCUGUGGUGUUGAUUGUGGUUGUUUUGGUCACAUUUUUAGUGUGUUUCAUCCCCAGUAACAUCAUGCUGGUGGUGCAUUACUCCUUGCUGAAGGAUGGGGAGAUAAAUAAUGGUUACAGUUUCUAUCUGUCUACAUUAUGCCUGGCCAGCCUCAACAGCUGCCUGGACCCUUUCAUCUACUACUUUGUGUCUGAGGACUUCAGAGACCAUGUGAAGAACACGUUGCUGUGCAGGAGCAGCAGGACAGUGGAGAGGAUGAGAGUGUCUUUCAGUUCAAUGAAAUACUCCAGGAAGAGCAAGUCGUAUGUGUCAGAUACUGGGACGACGCAGAGCAGCACGUGUUAAUACAAGAGAGAAAAGACUCUAUAUGCACCUGUGUGUCAUGUACUGAAACCACAGCAGCCGACAGAUCACAGUGGCACAUGGUGUGAUUUUCUUACAAUGGACAUAGCAUGUGUGAUCCACAGUCACAAAGUGUAACCUCACCACAUCAGAUAACCAAAGAUCAACUGCGCUGAACUUUUUUUGUGCAAAUAAUGCAAUGUGAUCUAAGUAUGUUUUUAUUUUGAUCUUGCUAAUGUGAACAUUUGCUGGUUUUUUUUUUGUUUUGUUUUGUUUUGUUUUUUUAACACAAAUGAAGAAAAAGCCUGUUUUUAUAUAUAUAUAUAUAUAUAUAUAUAUAUAUAAUGUUACCUUUGAAUGUCUUGUAAAUGUGGCUUUUUCCAAGACCUUGACUGAGCAAAGUACUGCAUUAAAGACGGAAAAAAAUUACUAUGUUGUCUUAUCAAUAGUGCAGAUGUUUAUUUAAUAUUUUUCUUUGUUUCAGCAUGUACUAAGAGUUUUUUUUUUGUCAAUUCAAAGACACAAACAGUGUUUUUGUUUUUGUUUAUUUUAAAGUCAUGACCUAUAUUGUAAUGUUACAUUGUUUCUCAAAUAAAUUAUAGAAACAGGCGGUAUAGUUUC